UGUUGGUUUAAGAAUUCUAACAUGCAAUCACUCGUCGUUUUGAUAUUAUUGAGACUAACUUUGUCAUCUGGAUACCAGAUCAUCUCUCAGAAAAAGGAGACCGAGCAGGCUACGAAGCUAAGCGGCUGCUCAGGAGGUGAAACAUGCUAUUUAUACCAAUCCAGUAAUGCUGUAGAUGGAGAUAUUAACACGUGUACAAGGACACAAGAAAUAGGGUUUACUUCUUCAGAUAAAUGGACAUGGUGGUAUGUUGACCUUGAGAACGUACGCAGCAUCUACAGUAUCAGAAUACAGUUCAGAGACCAUGGAGAACAAUAUGUAAUGAGACAAAGAGGGCGUUUUGCUGGUUUUUCUCUCUAUGUGUCAAACAAAACUAUAAAGGAGGAUGGGUAUCUAUGUUACAAGAACGAACAGGAGUUACCGGCCUUGGAUUUCAGUACCACUUGCGUCAAACAUGGACGUUACGUUAUAUUUUACAAUGAAAGACUUGACGGGACAACUUAUCCUACCGGAUAUCAAACAGUCGCAGUUCACACUGAAUUGUGUGAAGUAACUGUAACAGGUUGUAAAGAAUCAGGUGUGUAUGGAUAUAACUGUGAUGUACCCUGUCCAAACAACUGUCAGGAAUUGAGAUGUGACAUUGUCAACGGAACGUGUUUGGUGGGAUGUACUGCAGGAUGGGUGGGAAACUUUUGUAACAAAUCAUGUCCAGGUGGAUAUUACGGUUUACAGUGUAGAUCUACGUGUACUGGACACUGCAAAGACAACCUGUCCUGUAACCACACCACUGGACAAUGUGACUAUGGCUGUGGUAAUGGAUGGACAGGAAUACAUUGCAACACAGAGUGUCCUGCAGAAUCACACGGUCCUGAUUGUUUGUAUAACUGUAGUGGACAGUGUCUGAGUUACCGCCCCUGUAACAGAACAACAGGAAGAUGUGACGAUGGCUGUAAUCCAGGAUAUACCGGGGAACUCUGUGACAAAGUCUGUUCAGUUGGUCGGUACGGAUUGAAUUGUUCAGAGAACUGCAGUUCCCGUUGUCGAUCUGAAAGUAAUCAUUGUAACCAUAUAGACGGACAUUGUGAACAUGGAUGUGACGAUGGAUUCCAAGGAAGUAAAUGUGAAGAAAUUUGUGAUGAUGGCUGGUAUGGAGAAAACUGCUCUGCACGAUGUAACGAGAACUGUGUCAACCAGUCAUGUGACCAAAUCACAGGCAGCUGUAGACACGGAUGUAAACCGGGAUGGAGGACUCCCAACUGCGAAAAGAAAUGCUCAGUAGUAACAUAUGGGAAAGGUUGUGGAAAUCACUGCAGCAGUCAUUGUAGAAACAUGACAUGUAAUCACAUCACUGGAUCUUGUCUGGAGGGCUGUACACCAGGAUACUUAGGACGGCUCUGCAACAAACCAUGUGUCGAAGGAACAUAUGGACUCAACUGUUCCCAGAAUUGUUCUCAGAACUGCCUCGGCGUUUGUGACAAUGUUGACGGAUCCUGUUCGUGUUCCGCUGGGUGGACGGUAUGUCCUGACUGUAGUGAAAACGCACCUAUUGCCCGUAAUAACGACUAUAGUACUCCAGAUGCAUACAUCGCAGCCUUUUCUAUUUCAUUGGGUAAUCUAUAACAGAAAACAAGAGAAGGGUUCCUCGGACUAUAUCGCUAGUUCCGAAAUAUCACCGCCAUCACAAGUCAGCAAUAACGAUGUACACCAGUAUCAGGAACUCAACAUGCACAAUGAUAGUUCAUACCAGAACCUGUCAUUAAGAGAUCAUUCAUAAAAUGUAUUUUAAACAAAACUUAUUCUUCUUGUUUUCGUGAUUAUGCUUUUUUAUUGAUAAAAUGUGAAGAUAACGAACAUUAAUCAAUCUCAUAACUCCUAUAAGCAAUACAAAAUAGAUAGUUGGGUAAAUACGGACACCUGGGUACACCAGAGGUGGGAUCAUAUGCCUAGGAGAAGUAUGCAUCCCUUGUCGACCGCUCACACCCGCCGUGAGCCCUAUAUCUU